AUGACAAAUAAAAAAAACAAUAUCGCAUCGAGCUCCACAGAUCCUAUUGACUCACCACCACCUUACACACCUCUUCCUUCACAAUCUCAAGAAGUUGAGCCAAAUGAAACUACGCGUCUUUACCCAGAUGUUCCAAAACAUUCUUAUUCUGCUACUCCAACUCCAGCUUAUAACCCACCUCAACAACUUUCGGUCACAGCAUAUCAUCAACCCGAUACUGUUAUUUUAAGCCCUGCAGUUUCUAUUUUGGAUUUACGUGCCGAACCAGCUGUUACUUGUUGUCCACAUUGUAACCAAAUUGUUUUGAGUAAGACAGGUUUUCGAGCUGGAACUUGCACUUGGUUGUCAUCUCUUGGAUUAUUUGCAAUUGGAGUAACGAUGUGGGGAUGUUGUUUGUUUCCCUUUUGUAUCAAUGACUUGAAAGAUUGCAUUCAUUCAUGUCCUAAUUGUGAUAAUGUUAUGGCUAGAUAUUCAAGAUUUGAAGGAAGAACAUAUAAGGAUUCUGCACGUCAUUAUUGUCAAGAAAAGUUAUUUCCAAGAAUUUUGGAAGCUUAUCGCCAAGAAAAUUAUUUACCAUCAUCUUUUAUACCUUUAGAAUUUGAUCGUGAAAUUGUUACAGAAAUGGGCGAAUUAGGUUUACUUGGUUCUACUAUUCAAGGAUAUGGUUGCUCAGGUGUUUCUUCGGUAGCAUAUGGACUUAUUGCUCGUGAAGUAGAAAGAGUAGAUAGCGGUUACCGAUCUGCAAUGAGUGUGCAAUCAUCACUUGUUAUGCACCCUAUAUACGCUUUUGGUAGCGAAGAACAAAAGCAAAAGUAUUUACCUAGAUUAGCAAAAGGAGAAAUUGUUGGUGCUUUUGGGUUAACGGAACCUAAUUAUGGUUCUGAUGUUGGUGGUAUGCAAUCUUAUUCAGAAAAAAAAAAUGGAAGUUAUAUAUUACAUGGAUCAAAAACUUGGAUUACCAACUCUCCAAUAGCGGAUAUAUUUAUUAUUUGGGCAAAGUCCAAAGAAGAUCAUAAAGUGCGAGGGUUUAUUUUGGAAAAGGGUAUGGAAGGAUUAACUACGGCAACAAUUAAAGGUAAAUUAUCACUUCGGGCUUCAGUAACUGGAAUGAUCAUGAUGGAUAACGUAGAAGUUCCUGAAGAAAAUUUACUUCCACAUACAGAAGGUUUAAAGGGGCCCUUUAGUUGUCUUAACAAUGCACGACUUGGAAUUGCAUGGGGUGUACUUGGAGCUUCAGAAUUUUGUUUAGCUCAAGCUCGUGAGUAUGCCCUUAACCGAAAUCAAUUUGGUGUUCCGUUGGCAAGGUUUCAAUUGAUUCAAAAGAAAUUUGCCGAUGCACAUACGGAAAUUGCUAUCGGUCUUCAGGCUUGUCUUCAGGUAGGAAGGUUAAAAGAUUUGGGUAAAUCUGCACCUGAAAUGAUUUCACUUGUAAAGCGUAAUUCCUGCGGAAAAGCUUUAGAAAUUGCACGUUCCAUGCGAGAUGUUCUAGGAGGUAAUGGAAUAAGCGAUGAAUAUCAUGUAAUUAGACAUGAACAAAAUUUAUGUACAACCAAUACUUAUGAAGGCACAUAUGAUAUUCAUACCCUUAUAUUGGGUAGAGCUAUCACCGGAAUUCAAUCAUUUACAGCAUCUUAA